AUGUUUGUUUGUGGAGCAAAAUGUCUCUCUCACUCUCCUCCUCCUCCAUUUCCAUCCAGAUGCUCAAACCUUUCUUCUUCUUCUCCCAACAAUUACCGACCCGCCGUUAUUCUCCCGGGGUUAGGGAACAAUUCAGGUGACUACCAGAAACUGGAAGCAACGCUGAACGAUAAGUACGGCGUGUCCACUGUGGUGGCUAAGGUAUCGAGACUUGACUGGUUCCGAAAUGCUGCUGGGUUGAUUGAUCCCAAUUACUGGCGCGGCACUCUUCAACCAAGCCCUGUCCUCGAUUGGUAUUUGAAAAGAGUUCACGAUGCUGUUGAAGAGGCCAAGGAGUUAGCACCACCAGGUUCCACUUUAUCCUUAAUUGGCCACUCAGCAGGAGGAUGGCUUGCACGCCUCUACAUGGAACAAUUUGGAGUCUCUCAUAUAUCCUUGUUAUUAACUCUUGGUACCCCUCACCUGCCAGCUCCAAAAGGUGUCUAUGGUGUUAUAGAUCAAACCAGGGGUCUCCUCGAUUAUGUUGAACAAAAUUGCUCUAAACCUGUUUACACUCCGGAACUCAAAUAUGUAUGUAUAGCAGGAAGGUAUAUUGAAGGGGCUCCACUUUUUGGAAAUUCCAAUCCAACUCUUGAGCCUGUUGUUCCUACUAAUGGUUCUCAGCUAGUUCCCGAGGUUGCUACUGUUAUGGAGGCUGCGAGCACUUCUUCUCCUAACAUAACAUUACGUGCUCGCUUUGUUGGACAAGGAUACAAGCAGGUUUGUGGGAAAGCAGAUGUAUGGGGCGAUGGUGUUGUGCCACAAGUAUCAGCUCAUCUUGAGGGUGCACUUAACAUUUCUCUUGAUGGAGUUUAUCACUCACCGGUUGGUUCAGACGAUGCAACUAGACCAUGGUAUGGUUCCCCUCAUGUGUUGGAACAAUGGAUACAACAUCUCUUUAAUUAG